AUGGUCAGUCACACUGUGCAGCUACGCUCGUCCGAGGGCUCUGCGAAGGUAGCUACUAAGGAAUUCCUGCAAGACCGUAAAGCGAAUUCCGAGACCGCCACUGCCAGGUUCUCUCCGCUCCGCCGAGGCGGGGAAACCCGCAGGGAACAGCGUGGAAACCAGGCUCCUACUGGCGGCUGCUCCAGCCCACCCCCAGUGCCGCUCGGCUCCAACCGCCGCCGGGAGUGUGGGGGACACGGGGCAGCUCUCCAAGCCCGCCCCUGCGCGGACACUCGGCUGCGCUCUCGCAUUCCCAGCCCUUCCGCCUCCGGUUACCCCGGGGACCGCCAGGAGGUGGGAGGGCCUGGUGCGCCGGACCGCGCGGAGCCGGACUGCGGGUCCCACUCUCUAUUUUCCGCCACUGGAAAAGAGGGUCCACCAGGGCUCCAGAGGGAACAGGAUAAAGCGACCUGGACCCGUCUCGACCCUCGCCGGGCGCGCAGUGCGCCCUCUCGCGCCCCUACUCGCCCCGUACACGCCGAACCCCAGGCCGCGCGUGCGCCCCCUGCCAGGGAGCCCAGAUCCAGCUCACCGCGUGCCAUGGAAGCCACUAGCCUCUCGGUGGCCGCCGCCGCCGACUCUCCAUCCCGGGGACCCGAGGCCUGCAGCAGCAACCCAAGCCCAGACGUGGUCGUCGCGUCGACCCUGAGUGGCGCCGCACUGGCGGGCCGGGAGCCACCCUUCUCCGUCUUUACCGUGCUGGUGGUGACACUGCUCGUGCUGCUGAUCGUGGCCACCUUCCUGUGGAACCUGCUUGUUCUGGUCACCAUCCUGCGCGUCCGCGCCUUCCAUCGCGUGCCACACAACUUGGUGGCCUCGACGGCCGUGUCGGACGUGCUGGUGGCGGCGCUGGUGAUGCCCCUGAGCCUGGUGAGCGAGCUGUCUACCGGGCGGCGUUGGCGGCUGGGCCGGAGCCUGUGCCAGGUGUGGAUCUCCUUCGACGUGCUGUGCUGCACGGCCAGCAUUUGGAACGUGGCGGCCAUCGCCCUGGACCGCUACUGGACCAUCACGCGCCACCUGCAGUACACGCUGCGCACCCGCCGCCGCGCGUCGGCGCUCAUGAUCGCGCUCACCUGGGCGCUCUCGGCGCUCAUCGCCCUUGCGCCGCUGCUCUUUGGCUGGGGCGAGGCGUACGACGCCCGGCUCCAGCGCUGCCAGGUGAGCCAAGAACCCUCUUAUGCCGUCUUCUCCACCUGCGGCGCCUUCUACUUACCGCUCGGCGUGGUGCUCUUCGUCUACUGGAAGAUCUACAAGGCGGCCAAGUUUCGCUUCGGCCGUCGCCGCCGGGCUGUGCUGCCGCUGCCCGCCAUGGUGCAGACGGAGGAGACGCCCCCUGAGGUUGAGAUGGUGUUCACAUCCCGUCGCCGUGCAACGGUGGCUUUUCAGGAGAGUGGCGACUCGUGGCGGGAGCAGAAGGAGAAGCGAGCAGCCGUGAUGGUGGGGAUUCUGAUUGGCGUGUUUGUGCUGUGCUGGAUCCCCUUCUUCCUCACAGAGCUCAUCAGCCCCCUCUGUGCCUGCACCCUGCCCCCCAUUUGGAAAAGCAUAUUCCUGUGGCUCGGCUACUCCAAUUCUUUCUUCAAUCCCCUGAUUUACACAGCUUUUAACAAGAACUACAACAAUGCCUUCAAGAGCCUCUUCACCAAACAGAGGUAA